AUGCUUGACAUUCCACCUGACAAAUUCCAGACUCAGUGCUUAAAUGCUGCAAGCUACAUCGCAUCAACGUACUGUAGUGAAUAUUCGUAUGCAUUGGAAGAGGGACUGCUACUAGCAAAGACAGAAUUGAAAAGGCGUAACAUCGCUGUACCAGCUGGUGAUGCUAUCAAUCAAGAAGAGAUUGAUAUCAUACUCCAGUCUGUACGGUCCAAGACUGGCAAUGCGAUCAACUUGUUUCAAAACGACCAAUUGCAAGUCCGCGUAGCCAAUCAUUUUCUCCAACAAGGCGAGGUACGGACGUUUAAGUUCUGUCCAGAGCUUACCCUGGAAUCCGCUUGCCUUGAUCGCCGAUACCAUAUUGUUGCGAGAAAGGUCAUUGAAUGCGUCUUCGAUGAAUAUCAAGCGGUCAUUGAAGGCGCAAAAUUAGAAGCCUUGAGAACGAUGUAUGCAGGUCGGGACCGGUCAAUUGAAAACACAGUCAAGCUUCUGACAUCAACGAUCCAUGAUAGAUGUAAAAGCUUUCGCCUGCACUUGUUCGAAGUAGAAGGCAAAGUCGAACGAUUCUUAGCUACAAGACCACUCGAUCCACAGGACGUAGAAAGUCAAGAUGUACGACGUCCUAUCGUAUCGAACUCUUUGUUCCAACAUGGCAAUUCCAGAAUAAUUCCUGAAAAAAGGAAUCAGCUAGAUGACUCAGCCAUACAAAUUUCAAAGAAAAUUCGAUAUCAGGAGAUGCAUGAUCAAGACCAUGAUGAAUCUUCAGAUGAUGGUUUCGAAUUACUGGAGGUCAAUAAAGCUAUAAGCUCAAUUAGUCAAUCAGCCAAUACUACGUCCGCUGCUGUUCACCCACUUCUAAAAGCCAGUACUGCUACUCCAAGUUGUUCGAGCACAGCACAAGCAAUACCUCUACCUGACACCACUGCUUUAAAGCCAGCGUUAGAGCUGUUUAGAUCGCUGCUUUCACAAAGCAGCGUCAAUCCAAAAGAGAAAGCGCAACCUUCUUUGCAGAAUCCCGCGACUUCGAGCAGCUCGUCGGUGAAGGAAUCUCAGAAAGUGCAACCUGCAUCGAAACAUACCAUUCCCGCAAGUACCUCACCAUCAAGCGUGACAGGAUUUCAGCAAUUGCAACUUACAUCGAAACAAACCAUUCCCGCAAGUACCUCACCAUCAAGCGUGACAGGAUCUCAGCUAUUGCAACUUGCAUCAAAGACAAGCAUUCCACCAAUUACCGCAUCAACAAGCGUAACAAAAUUCGGAAUUGACGAAAUCCUUGAAAAAGGUGUCGAUUUGACGAUGAAGAUGAGCCAAGAUGCAAGAGAAGGAAUAGUUGUGAUAUUGGCAUGCUUUGGAUGUGCAGGUCUGGUGCGGUUGUUGAAACAAGGAAUGUCUUCAGACGCUACGCAGCUUAUUGUAGCGAUGAUAAAUGGGGAGGACAUCAGUGCUCAGAGCAUCAAAGAUAUCCACAAUAAAGGCAUACCAAAAGACAAGCUUUCUGCCAGAAUGUUUUUCUUUGCUAGUCAUUCCAAUACUGGACAAACUACAAAGACUAUCUCAGCGCAAGAGACAUAUAAGACUUAUUUGACUCUUUCAAGUCUACCCCGAUACCAAUCUUUCUGGAAGCUGAAGUAUAGGGGCGUGGCUUAUACCAAAGCAGUAUCUGACUUCCUUAAAAUGGACGAAAAUCAAAAUUGCGAAAAGCUGUGCAUCCCAGUAUGGACGCUUAAUGAUGCUGUCGAACAAUCUAUCACGUCCACAGCUCUAGCGCUUCGAUGCCGACUAUUCAACGAUGAUAAACAUUUGGUUCGAGAGGUAGCACAUCUUUUACGUUGUGCACUGAUAGUGAUUUGUUGGACAAUACAAGAUAAAGAUUUAGAUCUGCGUCUGAGAAGUAUGUAUAAACAAGGCAAGCCUUUCACUGGAUUAGACGAUGUUUUUCCGCUUAGAAUAUUCUACACAAGUCCUGGAGGAAUCAGUACAGAAAGAGCAGAAGGAUCCACAAAUGAAGAUCAAAGGGAACCGACGGUAGAAAGCGCCAUCGACAAACCUUCUGGUUCAGUGCAAGUGCAAACCAAAGCUUCUAAAGAUUCAAAAGAUGAUUACGAGGAGAAUGUCAAAUUAUUGCUCGGGAGUGGAGUUAAGCGCAUACUGAUAGCCAAUGAACAAAUGCAAAGGGGCACUGCCCUUACUACGAAUCUUCAUUUGUCGGGACAAGCGAGCUUUCGAGUCUAUUUGGGUUCCGAAUGCCUUCAAGGUAAAAAUGUGAAGGAGUUCGAUUUGGUUUUAUUCAAACUGAUUGUUGGCUCGCAGUAUCAGUAUUCAACUGAACCAACACAAACAGGAGCAAAGUUAGUGAUGCACUCUCGCAACCAGGAGCACCACGUCCUGGUAGACCCAGCUGCAGCCAAAGUAAUUAAAGAUAUCCUCUUGGAUCGAGAGAAAGGAAGAUUUCAGUGA